AUGCAAAUCGAGCCAAACUCUAUCACGAAUUUCCAUCAGUUGUCGUCUCAGUUUCUCAAGCAAUACUCCAUAUUCAUCGAGAAUGUCACUUCGGAUGUCGACCUAUGGACCAUGAUGCAAGGACGAACCGAAACACUGCAAAAUUUUAUGACACGUUUUAAAGCGGUUAUGGCCAAAGCAGGAGAUGUGACGUGCCAUUGCCGCACUCAAGAGGGCGCUCUGGUAUCAGUCGGACUUUCGCAAGAGAUAGCUCACAACCCACCACUGACGAUCCAAGAUGCGAUCCACCGAUCCGUAUCUUUUGCCGUCAAGGAAGAAGACCUGAAGAGUUUGGCAAAGAUACACGAACCGUCCAAACCAACUCCGAAACCUGCACCAACAGAGCAAUAUGCGCCGAACCAUAGGAGAAACAACCAGAGAGGUGGAUACGUCCAUCACGAGGGGCCAAACCUCUCCGGCUCGCAUAACUAUCAGGUCACCACCGGUGAACAAGUGAACGCUGGUUUCCAAGCAGGCACUGGUCGAGGAAAGAUGUGGAACACCUGGACGCGGAACCCUACCACCUAUGACAAAGAAGCAUAUUGCGAACACCAUCAAAGCUACGGACAUUCUACUGAGAAAUGCCGAAGUUUGGGGGCGCUGCUGGCGAAGAAGUUACUAAGUGGCGAGCUGGGGAGCGAAGUAACACUCAAAUAUCUUGAAUGA